AUGCGGUGGUCGGCCAUUUUCCCAGCAAAAACCACACCCCUUUGGGAAGCGCAGGGCUGGAGGCGGGCCCAGCGACUACCCAGAAGACAGCGAUCCCAGACAUCCCCCAUCGGCAACACAGACCUGUUAGGAUCCAGGCAACUUCUCCUGCUUCCGCAGCACGCCUGCCCGCUCAGCAAGAACACCGAGAGAGCAAACACCAAACGUAGAGCAGAAUUAAAACUAAGUCUGCACACGUCGGCUUCUGCUCACGUGACGGGUCGCGUCACCACCUCCGUCGACCAUUUUCUGUUUGAUAAGCCUGUGUCCCUAUUGUUGACCGCAGCAGGAAUGGCUCGAGACUGGCCAGAUGCCCGGGGAAUCAGGCACAACAAUGAGAAGAGUUUCUUGAUCUGGGUGAACGAGGAGGACCACACACGGGUCAUCUCUAUGGAGAAAGGAGGCAACAUGAAGAGAGUGUUUGAAAGAUUCUGCCGGGGCCUCAAAUAGGUGGAGAGGCUGAUCCAGGAACGAGGCUGGGAGUUCAUGUGGAAUGAACGUUUGGGAUACAUCCUGACCUGUCCAUCUAACCUGGGCACUGGACUUCGGGCAGGAGUGCACAUCAAACUGCCCCUGCUAAGCAAAGAUAACCGUUUCCCAAAGAUCUUGGAGAACUUAAGACUCCAAAAGCGCGGAACAGGAGGCGUGGACACCGCUGCCACAGGCAGUGUCUUUGACAUCUCUAAUUUGGACCGACUUGGCAAGUCAGAGGUGGAGCUGAUGCAGCUGGUCAUCGACGGAGUGAACUAUUUGAUUGACUGCGAACGGCGUCUGGAGAAAGGACAGGAUAUUCGGAUCCCCGCACCUCUUGUCCAUGGCAAACAUUAA